CCCAUAUUAUGCUCUAUUUCCCAGGGCUGAUAAGGUUAAAUGGAUUUUUACAGGAGUUCAUGUCAUUUGAGGAUGUCUCUAUGAACUUUACCUGGGAGGAGUGGCAGAGCCUCGAAGAUGCUCAGAAGAUUCUGUACAAGGAUGUGAUGCUAGAGACCUACAGCAACCUGGUGUUUUUGGGACACUGCGUUGCCAAACCUGCAGUGAUCUUCAUGUUGGAGCAAGAAGGAGAACCAUGGACAUUAAAAGAACUUUCCAACCGGAGCCUCCCAGGAGAGAAAACCUCUGAAUGUAAACAAUGUAAGAAAACGUUUUCCCAGAAUUCAGACCUCACUGUACAUCAGAGGAGUCACACAGGAGAGAAACCCUAUGCAAAGAAACUAUGUGGAAAAAUGUUCGACAAGAAGUCACACUUCACUGUGCAUCAGAUAACUCACACUGGAGAGAAAUCCUAUGAAUGUAAAGAAUGUGGAAAUUCUUUCAGUUCCAAAUCAGUUUUGAAUAAACAUUGGAAAACUCACACAGGAGAGAAACCCUAUGAAUGUGAGCAAUGUAAAAAAAAAUUUUCCCACAAGUCACAGCUCACUAUUCAUAGCAGAACUCACACAGGAGAGAAACCUUAUGAAUGUGAACAAUGUAGGAAAACUUUCUCCCAGAAGUCAAACCUAACUGUGCAUAGGAGAGCUCACACAGGAGAGAAACCAUAUGAAUGUGAACAAUGUGGGAAAGCAUUCUCCAGGAAAGGACACUUCAAUGUACAUAUGACAACUCACAGCCUAGAAAAACCCUAUGAAUGUGAGCAAUGUAGGAAAAUGUUCUCCCGGAAGUCACUCCUCACUGAGCAUUGGAGAACUCACACAAGAGAGAAGCCCUAUGAAUGUGAGCAAUGUAGGAAAAUGUUCUCCCGGAAGUCACACCUCACUAGGCAUAUGAGAACUCACAGGAGAGAAACCCUAUCAAUGUGAGCAGUGUAGGAAAAUGUUCUCCCAUAAGUCAGAUCUCACUGAGUAAUGGAGAACUCACACAGGAGAGAAACCUAUGAAUGUGUACACUGUAAAAAAAGUUCUUCUGCAAGUCAAACGUCAUUUUGCAUAGGAGAAUACACACAGGAGAGAAACCACAUGAAUGUGAACAAUGUGGGAAAGCAUUCUCUAACACAGGAAACUUCAUUGUGCAUAAGAGAACUCAUACACCAGAAGUCACACCUCAUUGAGCACUGGAGAACUCACACAGGAGAGAAACUCUAUGAAUGUGUAGAAAAACGUUCUUCUGUAAGUCACACCUCACUCUGCAUAGGAGAACUCACACAAGAGAGAAACCCUAUGAAUGCGAAUGUGAACAAUGUGGGAAAGCAUUGUCCAGCAAGGGAUAUUUC